AUGAAUUUAGACUUGAAAGAGGAACCAGGGGAGAGCAACCCGAUCAUCUGUAAGUAUCGGGCACAGCAAUACACUAACAUGCAGUUGCACCAAAAACUUACCAGUACGAAAAGUUCCAACUGGAUGUCUCUGAUCUCGAACGAGACCCUAUUGCGCAAUUUACCAAAUGGUUUAAAGAAGCCAGUGAGGGUGGUUUCGUCUCGCGUGGUGCUCUUCAAGGAGCUAGACCACCGGGGUUUCAUUAUCUACUCCAACUUCGACACCUCCAAGAAAAACAAGGAUAUACGCAGCAAUCCGCACGCAGCUCUCAAUUUCUUCUGGAAGGACCUGCAAAGACAAGUGCGUGUUGAGGGCAUCGUGGAAUUUGUCGAUUACGAAACGUCUUCCCGGUAUUUCAACACUCGUCCUAGAGGCUCAAAAAUCGGCGCACAUGCAUCGCCUCAAUCAUCUGUGCUCAAGGAUAGAGAUGAGCUGGAGGAAAAAUACAAGGAGGCCGAGCAAAAGUUCUCCGCUGCUAAGGACGAGGAGAUCCCUUGUCCUCCCAAAUGGGGUGGGAUUAGAAUUGUUCCGCUGGAAAUUGAGUUCUGGCAAGGCAGAAAGAGCAGACUACACGAUAGAUUUACCUACACCCGCUCCUCUCCAAAUGAGCCUUGGGAGCUUUCGAGACUAGCACCUUAA